UUUUCUUAUAAAUGUAUUUGCUGUGGAAGGAGAAGGUAUAAUUAUGUAAAUCUUUUAUGGUUAAUGGAAAGUAUCAGAUUUAAUUACUGCUUUACCAGUUGUUAUAUAAUACCCUAUUCACACUGUAUAUUUUAAGCGGGAUUAAGAUUUAAGCAGAAUUAAGUUAAGCCGCAUUGCCGAAAACAAGUUUAACUACUUGUUCACACUGGGUAAUUAAAGCGAAUUAUUCGCUUAGCCCUCAAGCGGGUGCACUCAAUAUUACAUUUUAAAUAAAAUCAAACUUUUGUUUAUUUUUGAUAAAUCAUCAUAAAUUAAUUUAUAUUUUGUAAUUUAAAAUAGAAAUAACUUAUUUAAAAUACAUAAGACGUUAGUUAGGAAUUAUUAACAUUUAUUAUCAGUGAUGUCAUUAUCGUUGUCGUUGGCAGCACGAUUCUUUCAAUGUUAUCACUUUAGUGACAGCUGUGAUAAGAAUGGAUUCUCGACAGAAAGUUGUAUUAUUAUUAUUUAAACUUCUUGUAUUGAAGCAGCGUAUACACGCUAACAGAGAAAGGUAUCGUUUGACACGAACAAAAGCAUUGAAAUGGCGACAACGAGCAAAAGAAAAGGCAUGUGUUGUAGCCAUGAUUUGUUCUACGCUUCCUAGUGAUCGAAUUUGGAAGAUCCCAAGAAAUCAGAAAUGGUGGGAAGAGUGUGUUCCUGCAAUGGAUGAAGUAAGUUGGCGUGAAAACUUUAGAGUUUCUAGAGAAACGUUUAAUUUCUUAUGUGCUGCAUUACCUGAAAUGAAAAGAAAUAAUACUCACUUGAGACGAUGUAUUUCUACAGAUAAAAGAGUAGCAAUUGCUCUAUAUACAUUGGCAUCGUCGUCUGAAUAUAGGACUAUUUCACAUUUGUUUGGUGUAGGAAAAUCCACCGUUUGUAAAAUUGUUAUAGACUUCUGCAAUGCAGUUAUAAAUAAUUUAAUGUCUACCGCUAUCCAGUUUCCACAGACUAGAAAUGAAAUUGACUUAAAAAUUCGUGAUUUUUACGAGAUUUGGAAUUUUCCACAAUGCUUUGGAUCAAUUGAUGGAACACACAUUCCUAUUUCACCACCAAAACAAGACUGCAUUGACUAUUACAACUAUAAAGGAUGGUAUUCUAUGGUCCUCCUUGCUGUUGCAGAUGCCAAAUAUAUGUUUACAUAUAUAAAUGUAGGAUCUCCUGGAAGGAAUAAUGAUGCACACAUUUUAAAAAAUUCUCACUCUCUUUUAACAUGCCUACAAAAUAUAAACUCCUUAGAAUUAGGGGAAAGAAUUGGUGGAGAAGUUGUGCCACCUUUAAUUAUUGGUGACUCUGCUUUUCCUUUACAGCCAACUUUAAUGAAGCCAUUUCCAAGUAAAACAGAGGAUGAAAUAGAAAAAAUAUUCAAUUUUAGAUUAUCUAGAGCUCGACGAGUAGUGGAAAAUGCCUUUGGAAGAUUAAAAGCAAGAUUUCGAAGACUUUCUAAACGAAUGGAUAAUAGGAUUGAUAUAUCAAAACAAAUAAUUAAAACUUGUUGUAUAUUGCAUAAUUUGUGUGAGAAGAGGGAUGAUCCAAUAGAGAAAACAUGGCUUAAUGAAAUAAAUCAGUCUGAUAGUUCAUCAGAAAGAAUUUGUGUUAUAGGGAUAAACAACACCAAAGCUAUUUCAAUUAGAAAUGCUAUUGCAAGAAGUUUUAGGGAUGAAGAUUAAGAUUAUAAGGAUUUUAAAUUAAGUUCACAAAACAAGAUUUGUUACAGGACAAUACUCAAAGUUCAGUAGAAUAUAGUUGUACUUUAAAUUUUGACAUUGCUAAUAUUAAAUAAUAUAUAAAGUUCUAUCUGUUUGUUCUAAAAUCAUUAAUAUAAAUUUUAUAAUUUUUAUGUGAGCAGUCCUCAUAACUUGAGUGUUAAAUGAAACUCCUUGUAUUCUUUUUAAACAAGCUCUUGAAAAUCAGGAGACUGUUAUAAAAUUUAUAUACUCAAACAUUAAGCUGAAAUAAAUUACUUUGACUGAAAUUUUGUCUAGUGUUUGUAGUUUUAUUCAUUUAUAAAGUCAGGAAAAUAAACUUUAUAACUGCAGUCCUCCUGCAAUCAUCAAAUAUGUAUUUUCAAUUGAGGAAAAUAAACAAUCAUAUACAAUAAAAAUGAUUUUUAUUUCAAAUCAUAAACAUUCAAAUUUUAAUUAGACAUUUUUAUUAUAGAUAACAACUCCUUUUGCAAUUCUAUACUCUCUCUCUCUAGUUGCAGUCCUUCCUCUGCAAUUUUUAUAGAUUUCCUUUCCAAUUCCUCAGAAAUGGCAUUGCUCCUUUUAAUUUCACUUAAUAAUUCAUUUAUUUGCCGUUCCAGUGGCCGUUUCUUUUUCUUUGAUGACCUUGUCACCCUUAUUUCGGGUUCAAGUCGUUCUGGUACUGGUACAUCUAUCAAUUCAUUCGAAUUUUCAUCGUUCUGUAAAAGAUACAAGCACAAUUAUUUAAAAAUAUACACUUAUUUUAUUUAAAUACUCACAAUAAAAGAUGUAAAUCAUAUAAAAACAUUAAUUUAUUAGAGUAAAUGAUGAUUACCUGUUUAGUAACAACCACAAGAAAAAUCACCAGAACUUAAAUGCUUAAUUAAACAAAAAUAUAUGUAAAAUGGAGUUUGUGAACAUGCUUAAAUAUUUUACAAUGUCUAUUUAGACAAAUGU